AUGUCGGCUCAGUCAUAGGAGAGCGGAUAAUCGGCAUUCCGCGGAGGGGACAUGUACAUUGAUCAUCAGGGCACUGAUGAUCAGUGUGGCCCCAGAAGUGCCACCUGUCAGUGUCCAUCCAUGCCACAUAUCAGUGCCUACCAGUGCACAUCAGUACCACAUAUUAGUGCCCAUCUGAGCUGCCUUUCAGUGUCACCCAUCAGUGCCAGUCAGUGCUACCUAUCAAUGCCAAUCAGUGCUGCCACUCAGUGCCAUCUAUCAGUGCCGCCUAUCAGUGCUUCCUGUCAAUGCCCAUCAGUGCCACCUACCAGUGCCUCCUCAUCAGUG